GGCUGCACGCUGCUGACCUUGAGCUCCGGGCGGCUUUCUGAGCGAGGAGCGUGGAGGGCAGGGCCUUCCCGCCCGCAGCAGGCACCAUGCCGGCCCUGUCCACGGGCUCCGCGGGCGACACAGGUCUGUAUGAGCUGCUGGCUGCCCUGCCCGCCCAGCUACAGCCGCAUGUGCACAGUCAGGAGGACUUGACCUUCCUCUGGGAUAUGUUUGGUGAAAAAAGCCUGCAUUCACUGGUGAAGAUUCAUGAAAAAUUGCACUACUAUGAGAAGCAGAGUCCGGUGCCCAUUCUCCACAGCGCGGCAGCUUUGGCUGAUGACCUGGCUGAAGAGCUUCAGAACAAGCCAUUAAACAGCGAGGUCAGAGAGCUGUUGAAACUGCUGUCAAAACCCAACGUGAAGGCUUUGCUCUCUGUUCAUGAUACAGUGGCUCAAAAGAAUUAUGAUCCUGUAUUGCCCCCUAUGCCUGAAGAUAUCGAUGAGGAGGAGGACUCUGUGAAAAUAAUCCGUCUGGUUAAGAACAGAGAACCACUGGGAGCUACCAUUAAAAAGGAUGAACAGACUGGGGCAAUCGUAGUGGCUCGAAUCAUGAGAGGAGGGGCCGCAGACCGAAGCGGUCUUAUUCGUGUAGGUGAUGAGCUUAGGGAAGUGAACGGGAUACCCGUGGAGGAUAAGAGACCUGAGGAAAUAAUACAGAUCUUGGCUCAGUCUCAAGGAGCCAUUACAUUUAAAAUAAUACCCAGCAUCAAGGAAGAGACACCAUCUAAAGAAGGCAAGAUGUUUAUCAAAGCGCUUUUUGACUACGACCCUAAGGAGGACCGGGCGAUCCCCUGUCAGGAGGCCGGGCUUGCCUUCAGGAAGGGAGAUGUCCUCCAGCUCAUGAGCCGCGACGACGCGACGUGGUGGCAGGCGAAGCACGAGGGCGACGCCAACCCCAGGGCGGGCCUCAUCCCCUCCAGGCACUUCCAGGAAAGGAGAUUGGCUCUGAGACGACCAGAAAUACCAGUUCAGCCCUUGAAAGUUUCCAGCAGGAAAUCAUCUGGCUUUAGAAGAAGUUUCCGUCUUAGCAGAAAAGAUAAGAAAACAAAUAAAUCCAUGUACGAGUGCAAGAAGAGCGAUCAGUAUGACACAGCGGAUGUGCCCACGUAUGAGGAAGUGACACCGUACCGACGACAGACGAAUGACAAAUACAGGCUGGUUGUCUUGGUUGGUCCCGUGGGCGUGGGCCUGAAUGAACUGAAGCGGAAGCUGCUCGUCAGUGACACGCAGCACUACGGCGUGACCGUGCCCCAUACCACCAGAGCAAAACGAAGCCAGGAGAGUGACGGCGUUGAAUAUAUUUUCAUUUCCAAGCAUUUGUUUGAAACAGAUGUACAAAAUAACAAGUUCAUUGAAUAUGGCGAGUAUAAAAACAACUACUAUGGCACAAGUAUAGACUCAGUUCGGUCGGUCCUAGCUAAAAACAAAGUUUGUUUGUUGGAUGUUCAACCUCAUACAGUGAAACAUUUAAGGACACUAGAAUUUAAACCCUUUGUGAUCUUUAUCAAACCUCCAUCAAUAGAGCGUUUGAGAGAAACAAGAAAAAAUGCAAAGAUUAUUUCCAGCAGAGACGACCAAGCAGCCGCAAAGCCCUUUACGGAAGAAGACUUUCAAGAAAUGAUUAAAUCUGCACAGAUAAUGGAAAGUCAGUAUGGUCAUCUUUUUGACAAAAUUAUAAUAAAUGAUGAUCUCAGCGUGGCAUUUAAUGAGUUAAAAACAACUUUUGACAAGUUAGAGACCGAUACCCAUUGGGUACCUGUGAGCUGGUUGCAUUCAUAACUAAGGGAAACCCACAAUUAUCUUUGUAAGGUGCAUGAUCCAAUCAGUUGCCAUUUUAGGGGUAGAGUUUUAUUGUUGUUGUUGUUUUUAAAUCUAUAUCACUGUCAUUGAUGUACAAGCUUGGUAAAGUUGAGUCGCUUUUUACCUCCUUAUUUGAAACACAGUGUGUUACUACUCUAAGACCCCAAACUCCACAUUUUCACAAUUCUAUAUUCUUGGCAAACCUCAUAACCUUCUAAUGUCUUUAGUAUAACUGCAGUGUGAGAUGGAAUUUUUCAUAGGCAUCCCUAGACAUAGUAUAGGCAGGAAGGAGUUCAGUGCUUCCAUGAGUCAGAUGCGGUGACCUUUACAUGAUAUGUUGCCCUUGAAGGUCUUAUUGAGUACCUUGAAUGGCUCCAGACAGAUAAGUCCCUUGGUUAUUUCCAAGUGAAUUCUCAUAAAUCUAACUGGGCUGGUAAUGAGACACUGUCCUCUUACUAUUUCAGAAGCAUAAAUGUCUCCUUGCAUCCACAGAAUAUGUUCAUAACACAUAUAUUUUACAGUCGAAAGGAAUAACUAAAAGCGAUUGUAGAUGAUACAAUACACUAUGCUCUCCAGACUGUCCUCAAAUGCCUGAUUCGUUGGCCUCAGCCCCCAUAGUUGGUGGGAUUACAGGCACAUGUCACCAUACCUGGCUUGGAAAAAUCAAAAACCAUUUCUGGAGUUACCAUAAGGUUUUCUAUUUAUUUCAUGUUUCAUUUUCUAGUUUUGGAUUUUCUCAGUAAAUCAUAAAUAUAUGAUUCUUAUUCUAAAAUAUUUAAAGUACAUUUUAUACAUUAGUGAUACAGUUAAAGAAAUGUGUUUUUGUACUUGAUCACAGUUCAUUUAAAUUGUACUAACAUGUGUUUUAGAGAACUUUUAAAUUGUGCAAAGGAAUUACAUCCAGAUAAACAAAGAUAAUGUACUUGGAUCAAGUUCCCUGCCUGUAUUACUCUCUUAACCACUGGGAAAACUUAUGUGAUGUUAAUGUCUUUGUCACCAAAAUGAUCAGACACUGACAUACGUUGACAACUUAUGUUGUGAGUGUUUAGGUGGAACCUCUGGUUUUCCUUUGGUACUACUGAUCUCCAUGUAGUGGAAACACUGUAGCUCCCCACGAUUUCUAUUAGAGAACAUACCAUCCUUGCAUGCCUGAAGUCCUGCCAGGGGAGAAUCAUUGCUCUGUGACCUCCAGAAGACAUGAUUUUUGUUGCUUUGUAAAGAGUUUAGAUGUCAUGUUUAAAGAAAAAAUAGGAGUAGUGCAAUUUUCUAUAUUUAUGAGAUAUCCCAGAGGCAUAUUUUUUUAACUAUCAAAUGGGGCUAUUCAUAAAAUAAACUGUAUGUAAAGAUGUCAUAAUGUAAAAUAGUAGUUUUGUAAGUCACGGUCAACAUUCCAUGUAAAUAUCUGACCUUUAUACACAGCUAGAUCCACACAUGUGUUAUGCAUCCACGACACAUUUGGUAGCAUUUAUCACUGGAUUUUCUUCAGAUACAUCAGACACAAGAAGCUAUUCCAUUAGCCUCCAUGUUACAUUCAUACCAGAAUAGCUUGACAGUCAGACUAAAUGUUACUUAAGUUUAUAGAUUGCAUAGAGGCCAUUCAGUUGUUUGUUUUUU